AUGUCUGUUAUCCUGGUCACCGGUUCUUACGACCACGAAAUCCGAUUCUGGGAGGCCUGGAGUGGGAUCUGCUCGAGGACGAUUGCUAGGACUGGAGAGACAGGUCAAGUGAAUCGUUUGGCCAUUUCACCUGAUAAACGCCUUCUAGCUGCAGCCAUCCACAAGAAGGUCAAUAUCUAUGAGAUUGGGAGUCCGUUGAAUGAACCGCUAGUGACUUUCGAAAGUCAUACAAUGAACAUCUCUGCCGUUGCUUUCCACAGUGAAGGAAAGUGGCUCGUCACUGGCAGUGAAGAUGGGACAAUCAAGAUCUGGGACCUUCGAACAUCGUCCCUUCACCGAACAUACGACAAUGGGGCACCAGUGAACGACGUUAUCAUCCAUCCAAACCAAGGCGAGCUCAUCUCAUGCGACCAAUCUGGGAGUAUCAAGCAAUGGGACCUGGCAGAGAACGUCUGCUCGCACGAAUUGACUCCUGCAGGCGACGUCCCAAUCCGCUCCGUGACACUCGCCUCCGACGGUUCAUGUCUGGUUGCUGGAAACAACAAGGGCCAAUGUUAUGUUUGGAAGGUCAAUGAAGAGAAUACCAACCUCCCACGAUUCCAGGCCGUGACAAGAUUCCAAGCACACGGCAAGUACCUAACACGAUGUCUCUUGAGUCCAGAUGCAAGAUACCUUGCCACAUGCUCCGCCGAUACAACAGUGAAGAUUUGGUCUAUCAGUCCGACCUACGAAUUCAAACUCGAACGUAUUCUGGUAGGACAUCAGCGCUGGGUGUGGGAUUGCGCGUUUAGCGCAGAUUCUGCCUAUCUAGUGACUGCAUCAUCUGACCACACUGCUCGACUUUGGGAGAUGGCGUCUGGGGAAACUGUGCGGCAGUAUAAUGGCCACCAUAAGGCCGCCGUCUGCUGCGCCCUCCAUGACGGGGCAGGGUAG